CGCCCAACGACCACGUGCCCGGAAGUGGCGGCUGAACGCGCGGAAGACCGAAAGUCCAAAAGGAGGGUGAGGGAAAAGACCCGGGCCCGAGUCAGGAUCCCCUAGGGGCACUAUUAUGAUUUGCCCCAUCUCUUGAGAAUAUGGAGGAGGUCCCUGAGGACUCCAGCAAUAGGAUGGCUUUACCUCUUCAAGAGGACUCCAGUUCAUCACAGCAAUCACAUUUCAAGCCUAGCAAGAGGUCAAGACCCUCAGUUCCAGUUGGGCCCCCCCAGAAGAAAAAGAAGAGAAAAAGUUCAUCGAGACGGCCAUCUGCAAGGGUUGGUUACCACAUUCAUGAAGCUGAGGACAUGCUGCUGAUUGUACCCAAUCUGGAAGAGCCAACACCACGGGCCCACAGGAAAAAGGCUUGCCAUCUCAGGAAGUUAGCUCGACCAAAGGUCCAACAGCCAAAGUGUCGUCAGCCACGUCGAGUGGAGACCCCAAAUGGUGCAGAUCUCAGCCGAGUUCCAGGGAGGCAGUCUCCUCCUCAGGAGAGUGCUACUUCAGGGCCGGGCUGGGGAGACCAUAUUCCUCUGGAGAUCUUGGUUCGAAUAUUCCAAGUGUUAGUGGCAUCUGAAGGGGCAGUGCCCUUCCUUUGCAGGGCUGCCCGUGUGUGCCGCCUGUGGUAUGAUGCUGCUUCCCAGUCAGUGCUAUGGCAGAAAGUGUCUCUGGCCCCACCUUGGCCUUCUCGCUCAAAAGGUCCUCCAUCAAAGUUGGAGAAGAAGAUUCUCAGUUCUCUAGAGUGGCUGGUGCCCAACAGGUUUUUAUUCCUCCGGGAGCUCUCUCUAUCUCACUGGAAAAACUAUGUACCUCUGAUGCUGAAGGCUGUCAGUGAGUCUUGUCCCCACCUCACAUCUCUCAAGCUUUCCCACUGUCAGUCUGUGACAGCAAAGGCCUUGGUUACUCUGCCAAGGGCCUGCCCCCAGCUGGAUAGCCUCAAUCUGCAGAACUCCCAGGUGGAGUCAGCAGCAGUAGUUGGCUUUCUGGAGGCAGCAGGCAAACAACUCAGGCAGCUGUGGCUAACUUAUAGUAGCCAAAUGACCUCCAUCAUCUCCUUGUUGUCGAAUGGAUGCUGCCCCCAGCUCCAGCUCCUUGAGGUGGACACAGGGAUAAAACCCAAUAGUCAACACUUUCAGCUGCACAUUGAGGCUCUGCAGACUGGCUGUCCCCGGCUCCAGGUCCUACGCUUACUGAACCUGGUUUGGUCUCCCAAGAUGGGAGGGCGUGGGGUAGCCCUGGGGCCUGGUUUCCCAGACCUGGAGGAGCUCUGCCUGGCCACGUCCACCAUCACCUACGUGAGUGAUGAGGUCCUGCAUCGCCUGCUGCAUGGAUCUCCUCACCUUCGAGUGCUGGACCUCCGAGGCUGUGCCCGCCUCACGCCUGCAGGCCUAGCCAGCUUGCCUUGCCCUGACCUGGAACAGCUACAUCUGGGCCUGUAUGGUUCAGUAAUUUGGGUGGCCCUGCCCAAAGAGGGAAGCCCUUUGCUCACAUGGAAGUGGCAUCGCACUCUCCAGGAGCUAGACCUGAAUGGCCAGUGCUACCGUGAAGAGGAUCUGAAGCAGGCCCUGAUAGCUUUCUCAAGCACAGAGAGUGGGCACAGCCCCAUCCUUCGCUCUCUCAGCCUCAAGGGCACCCAAGUUACCGUGGCAACUAUCAGCUCUGUGAUCAGCAGCUGCCCUGCUCUCAGCUACCUCAACCUGUCCUCAUGCCGAUACCUUCCUCGAGGCCUGAAGAAGGCGUACCGAGGACAGGCAGAGAUCCAGUGGUGCUUGGACCAGCUCCUUACCGCCACCUAGGACAGAGGCUGAGUUCUUCAGCUGUUUCACUCACUCUCCCUUCAUCCCUCCCUGGACUCUUGUUUCUCCCAUUUUAAAACAAUAUUAAAGAUUUUGUAAAAUUAAAAUCCUUUUCUAAAAAUAACAAGAAAUAUAUCCAUCCUGGGACAGGGAGGAAAAGGUCUGAGGGUGUUGAAGGUGAUUUCAAGCCAGAUUUCCAGAGAUGUCUUAAAUUCGUCAUCUCUGAAAAAGCCCUGGCAUCCAUCGUCUUCUGAAUGAAGCUUUUCCUGACUUCUCCCAUGCAACUGCAAGAGUCCCCCUCCCAAGCGAUCUUGUAUUUAACUACUUUGUAUAUAUUUGUAUUCAUUCACUUUAUAUUUAUACUGCCUAUAUUUUUAUAUCUAUGUGUCUUUCUCAUUAGGAAGUAAACUGCUUUUGAGCGGGAUUUUUUUCAUUCUUUAUACUAAUAUCACCAGUGCUUAGCAUGAGAGGCAUAUAGGUGCCUAAUAAAUACUUGUUGAUUGAUUGACUGCUCUUUACCUCGUUCUCUGCAUCCAUGAAGGACCCAAGUCCUACAGCCCUUCUUUAGCCCAUGAGAAAUUCUUGACCAUUCUGUAAAUUCUUCUAUCUGUAAAUCUUCUAUCAAAGGCCUAACAGUCCAACACCCUGGAAACCUUCCACUUGUUCUUUCAACAUGAGCAUACCAAUGUGUGUAGCCUUUGGUCUAUCCAAAUGUUUAUUCUUCAUUUUUGUUGAAAGUUGUGUUUGAUCCCUUCUGUUUUUACCUCACAAUCAUUCCCCAUGCCCGCACCCCUCUCCUUAUAAUUAAACCAGUUCAGUAAAGCCAAUCAAUGUAGCAGCUACGUCUGACAGUUUAUGCAACAUCCCAUCACUUGAGCCCCCUACCUCUCUACAGAAUGGGGGGGGAAAUGUAUUUCAGCAUCUGUUUUCCUAGACCAAGAACGAUGAUGAGAUUGGUCACUACAAUUAAUCAGUCACCUUUUAGAAUUGUUUGCAUUGACAUUGUAGACAUUGUAUGUUUACUGCAUUGGUUCCUCUUCACUCAGUUCAUAAAAAUUUCCCUGAUGCAACUCUGAA